AUGGAGAUAAUUGACGAUUUGCCGAUGAAAAUGAAUCUGGAACAAUAUUUGACUGUAUUGGAAAAGACAGUAAAUUUUGUAAGUCUUCAUAAAAAUCUUGCGGACUUGAAUGUAUGUUUUGGCAUAUAUUUAAUCAACGAAUCCUGCACCUGCACAAAUACUUUUGUUUUAGUGAAUUUAAGAAGAACGGUGCAGUUGAAGGGACGCAAUUUACCUCUCCGAAAACAAGUUCGUUUGGAGCGCUUAAUAAAGUUAAAUGAUGAAAUCAUAGAUUACUUUGCAGAGAAAGCUGUUAAACACCUAGAAAAACACACUGACACAGAAAAAGGCCACAUUGGCUUGUUUCAUCUUUAUACUAACGAGACAACAUGGCCAAAUAAUCUGCCAUAUUUUAGUAUGGAUUUGCUAAAGAAAACACAUUACUACUCUAGAAAAAAACUCGAAGCUUUGUUCUUUAAGUGGAGUUUAUAUCUGAAAAAUGUGUACGGUGUAGAAGAUUCGCAAAAUCCGACUCCAGAUGAUCUAGAUAAUUGUCUAAAUCUGUUAGCUCAAAAUCCUGUCAACGACAACAUGGGAAAUAUCCACUGUCAAGUACGCUUUUCUUGCGCUAAUUUUGUGCUCAAUGGCGUUCAUUAUGGCUAUGGCAUUACACACAGAGUAUUAUUUUUGUUGGCGGCUCGUUUUUCACGGAGAUGUGUUUUGACAUCAGUGAAAGAAGACAAGCGAUUACUGGACAAGCUGUGCUCAAGGAUGUACAAUGAAGCCGAGUUCAUUGCGAAUCAUGAUUUUGGACUCCCAGACUUAAUCAUGGAACAAAUAAGUCUAUGUGCCCUUGAUGGUCAUGGUCAGUUCCUACGCCGAUCGUGGAUAGAAGAACUUCUGGAUUAUCAAACUGCAGCUGGAUGUUUCAACCUGAUGCGAACGGAUGGAAACAAUAGCGCCAUAAAAGUGGACAACAAUACUGGCUGGCAGUACCAUGUUCACGAUCAUAUGAUAUUCGGAGGGUCAUGUCACACUCGCUCCACUGCUGUCGGUGGAUCUAUGAUUGCGGCAGCUAUUAGUGUAUUCGUGACGAGUGUUUUAGCAGCGCGCGUAACUAGAUAUACUUACAAACAAGUGGCGAUCAUUCAUGAAUUGCCCACCGAUACUGACUUAGACAAAUAUAUGAGAGUGCUGGAGAAAGCAAUGUUCUUUGUUAAUAUACACAAGUAUUACGUAGACAUGCAUUUAAGUUUUGGAAUAUUUUUAACAAACGUGAAUAUACGAGCCAUGAUGAAGUAUCGAAUAUCGGAACCCGUACGAACUCGAUUGGGACAUUUAUUGUUAAACACGGAAGAUAUUUUAGAAUAUUUUUACAAAACUGUUCUAAAUCAUAAAAAAGAACAUCGAAUGAUGCUUUUGCCAAUUCUAAGUCUAUACAUGAAUGAGACGAUGUGGUUAUCUAAGUUGCGGAAGUUUAAUACAGACUUAUUGAAUGUAACUAAAUACUACUUCAGGAAGGACUUAGAAGAUCGCUUUUUAAAAUGGCCUAAAUACAUAGAAAGUAUAUCUGGCAAGAGAGAAGAUCCAAAUCCAACUAAUGAAGAGGAUUGUUUUAACCAACUUGCCCAAAAUCCCGUGAAUAAUAAUAGUGAACAAGCUGUUUGUCAUUUGCCUUUCUCGUGUAGCAAUUUUAUUCGACACGGUAGUGAUCAUGGCUACAACAUGAAAAACAGGUUAUUAAUGGUUAUAGCGGCUGAAUUUGCACGCGAUUGCGCCAUUGGACUUAAUAAAGAAAACAAAGAGAUAAUGGAUGAACUUUGCGCUACGAUUUAUAACGAAGCUGAAUAUAUUGCGUAUCAUGACUUCCGUGAAGCAAGUUUGAUUAUGGAGCAAAUUGCCCUUUGCAGUCUAUUGGGUCACGCUCAGUUUAUGCGAGUGUCUUGGAUAGAUGAGCUUAUGGAUUUCCAAACUGCAGUUGGUUGUUUCAAUAUCGAGAGGCCUGAUAAAGAUAAUACUCUAGUGAAAGCAUGGGGUGAUGAGGUGGAAGAUUGGCAGUUUAUGAGAACAAAGCCUUCGAUCUGGGCUGGCACCUGCUUUACACACAUCACGGGUUCUGGAAUGGCUGUGUUAGUUGCUGCUAUUAGAUUUAUUGUUGAAACUUUCCAUUCUAGUUGA